AUGGUACAACUUGGAACUCUGUUGUCUAAAAUACCUGAUCAUUAUCAAGAAGCAAUUAUUAAUCUACCAGUACGAAAACUAUUAAACUUUUAUCACUAUCAUUUGAUGGCUUUGUAUUAUGGUCAACAAAGACAAUGGUUAUUGGCUGUAUUAUGCGAACAGCACGUAAUAAAAGGCUUACAAGCUUUGAUGCCCACCGAAAAAGAUCAUUAUAUCUUCUUUAAUUUUUAUAGCGUAUUAUCAGCAUGUUUGUUAGCACUAGGUGAAAUUCAAACAGCGAUUGAAGGACUUCAUAUAACUUUAUCUAUUCUAUUAAAACAUACACCGAUGGACUAUAAAACAAUAAGUAAUCAUUACUAUCAUCUAGCUAAUGUAUAUAAAAUUAUACCAAAUUGGGAAGCAGCGAGUCAAUAUAUAACAAAAGCAAUUGAAUUAGCACGACUCAGUAAUGAUUUAGACCAAGAAUAUAUUCACAUUCUUGAAACUAAUUUCCAAGUGAUACAGUAA